CCAACAAGCCACUCGGCCGGCCCCAGAAUGAUGGUUCUUAAAGUGUGGUCCCCAGACCACAAGCAUCACUGUAACCUAGGAACCUGUUAGAAAUGCACAUUCUUGAGCCCCACCCCACACCUACAGAAUCAGAAAUCAGAAAUGGGGGUGCAGCCCAGCAAUCUGUGAUUUAACCAACCUUCCAGAUGAUUCUGAUGCACAAUAAGGUUUGAGAGCCACUGGUCUAGAGAGUGGCAGGGAUGCUAUACAAAAAGGGUAGUGGGGCAGGCCUCUGUGAGAGAGGUGACAUUUAUUAUCUAUCUCCUCUUUUAAAGCGUAAGCCUUGAAGGCCAGGAUUUGGGGCUGUCUUGUUCUCUGCUCCAUCUAACGCCGAGAACAGCAUCUGGCACCCAAUAGGUGCUCAAUAAAUGUUGAAUAAAUGUAUUUAACAAACACAGACUAUGUACUACAUGCCAGGUACUGUGCUAAGGAGUUCAAAAAAUCUUAACUCCCAAUCUUCGCAACAAACCCUAUGAUGUAGGCUCAGGGAUGUCACCUACCCACGUUACUCUGAUAGAACGUGACCUGACCAGUUCCUUCCCAAUCACCCCCUCCCCAGACACUGAAGAUGUCCCCAGCAGGGCCCCCAGACUGGCUAUUCACAGUUCACUCCUAAAUCCUCCGCACACUCACUUCCCCUUCUCACUUCUCUUAUGCUGACCUCCCUUCCGCUUGCUGACCACAGGGGACCUCCCUUUCAGGAAAGAGAGUGGGUUAAGUUAGGAUGGAAGAUGAAGCAAUUGCCUCAAAGCCUGUUCCACCCCAUGAGGAUGAAUGCACUGAGCAUGCUACGCUCGUUUCAGCCUGUUCAACAUCCCCAUAAGGUUGACUCUGUCAUGGUAGAGAGCGUGCAUUUUACAGGUGAAGAAACAGCCUGGGAGAGGUUUAAGUGACUUGCCUAAGGUCACACAGCUAGAAAGUAUGUCUUGCUCCAAAUUCCUUGGCUCCAUUUUCCCUCAGUAAGAAUUUGUACAAAGAGCAUUGAUUGAGUGCUGAAGGGUUGCUAGGUGGGGCUUGGGGUGCUGGGGUUACAGUGAUAAACACAACACAACCAAGAGUGAGACAGGAAGUAGGGAGGGGAGAGUAGAGGAGGUGGCACAUGGGCAGAGGUGGCAAGGGAGAGAUGGGAGCUGAAGAGGUCUGCCCGAUGCUCUCCCCUCCCCCCAGCUGCCCUUUGCCCUCCCAGUUCUUCCUGCCCCUGGUUCCUCUUUUCCACCGACUCCCAGAACAGGUCAGCUCACAUAAAGGCAGGUCUCCUCUCUGGUGGGGCUGCAGGGGCAGUGCUCAACAUGCCCGCCCCGGCACAUGCCUCUUGGUUACUGCUGCCACCACUACUGCUGCUGCUCACCUUGCCAGCCACAGGCUCAGACCCUGUACUCUGCUUUACCCAGUAUGAGGAAUUCUCGGGCAAGUGCAAGGGCCUCUUGGGGGGAGGUGUCCGUGUGGAAGACUGCUGUCUCAACACUGCCUACGCCUUCCAGGAGCCAGACAGCAAGCUCUGUCAGGCAUGCAGGUCCCCACAAUGGUCACCGUGGUCCCAUUGGAGCCCCUGCUCAGUGACCUGCACUGAGGGCUCCCAGUUGCGGCACCGGCGCUGCAUAGGCUUUGGCGGGAAGUGCUCUGAGAAGAUGGAGCCUGGGACCCUCGAGUGGCAGCUACAGGCCUGUGAGGACCAGCCGUGCUGUCCUGUGAUAGGUGGCUGGUCUGACUGGGGGCCCUGGACGCCUUGCUCUGCCACCUGCUCCAAAGGGACCCGGACCCGUCAACGAAAAUGUGAUCGCCCCACCCCCAAGUGUGCAGGCCAGUGUCCAGGAGAGGCACAGGAUUCACAGACCUGUGACACACAGCAGGUCUGCCCCACACAUGGGGCCUGGGCUGCUUGGAGCCUCUGGGGUCCCUGCUCGGGCUCCUGCCAAGGUGGACCCAACGCACCUACGGAGAGACGAAGCCGCACGUGUUCUGCACCUGAGCCCUCCAAGAAUCCUCCUGGGAAGCCAUGCCCAGGGCUAGACUAUGAACCGAGAGCCUGCAGAGGCCUGCCACCCUGCCCAGUGGCUGGGGGCUGGGGACCAUGGGGCCCAGUGAGCCCCUGUUCUGUGACCUGCGGCAUGGGCCAGACUAUGGAUCGACGGACAUGUGAUCAACCUGUGCCCCAGCAUGGAGGCCCCUUCUGUGCCGGUGAUGCCACUCGGACCCACAUCUGCAACACGGCUGUGCCCUGCCCUGUGAACGGAGAGUGGGGGGCAUGGGAGGAAUGGAGCACCUGUGUCCGCCCAAAGAUGAAACAUAUCAGCUGUGAGGAGAUCCCAGGCCAGCAGUCACGCUUGAGGAGCUGCAAAGGCCGCAAGUUUGAUGGACAGCGAUGUGCUGGGGAUUAUCAGGAUAUCCGGCACUGCUACAACAUCCAGCGCUGCCCCUGGAAAGGCUCGUGGUCAGAGUGGAGUACCUGGGGGCUGUGCAAUCCCCCGUGUGGACCCAACCCCAUCCGCACCCGCCAGCGCCUCUGCACGGCCACACUCCCCAACUUCUCGCCCACCGUUACCAUGGUCGAAGGUCAAGGUGAGAAGAAUGUGACCUUCUGGGGAAAACCAUCAGCAUUAUGCGAGGUGCUGCAGGGGCAGAAGGUGGUGGUGGAGGAGAAUCGGCCAUGUCUACAUACACCUGCCUGCAAAGACCCUGAAGAUUAGAAGCUCUAACGCCUCUCUUCCACUCUGACCCCCUGACCUCCCAGAACUCAAUAAACCAGCCUCUUCCCCAAGA